UUUACAGGCUCUCGUCCCGUCUCGCUGCAACUCUCAAUUCACCAUUCAAACCCCAAAAAACCCUAUCUCACCAUCCUCUAGCUGGCCCCUCACUUCCCGAGCACCAAAAGUGACGAAUUGUAAUUUUUGGAUGUUUUGUUUUUGUUACUGUUCGGCUUUUGUAUUGUUAGGAAUUCUUUAGAUUACGCUACAAAUUUCAAAUUACUGAAGUUAGGGUUCAUAGAUUUUGUGAUUCUUUUGUAAUUAGCUUCAAUGAAGCCGCUAUUUUUAGUGGUUAGUGAAUCGUGUUCGUUUGUGUAUCUGUUGAGGUGUACUGUAACAGUGUAGGGUUAAGGAUGAGGAAUUUGAUGUAGAUUAGUUUUUCUCCCCCUUUUUUUUCGGCUUUGUUUGAUUGGAAUGGAUAGUACACGGCGACCGUUCGAUAGAUCUUUCUCCAAAGAACCUGGGCUGAAGAAACCUAGGCUCGCCGAGGACCCUACCGCACCAGAUCGCAUCUCAAAUGGCCGUGCCGGGAUCUUUCAGCGGCCGGCGGUUCCUAAUUCGAGCUUUGGUGGAGGCCCGCGUGUCCAUAGGGACCGAGAUUUAGAGGGCAGCGACCCCGUGCGUGGGGCUUACCAGCUGCAGCCGGGUCAGCAGGAGCUGGUGGCUCAGUACAAGACGGCUUUAUCUGAGCUGACGUUCAAUUCCAAGCCGAUUAUAACUAACUUGACAAUUAUUGCCGGUGAGAGUAUGCAGGCGGCCAAGGCCAUUGCAGCAGCUAUCUGCAUCAAUAUCCUUGAGGUUCCUACUGAUCAAAAACUGCCAUCCCUCUACUUGUUAGACAGUAUUGUGAAGAACAUUGGGAGGGAUUACAUAAAAUACUUUGCUUCCAGGUUACCCGAGGUUUUCUGCAAGGCCUAUAGACAGGUUGACCCUUCAGUACAUCCUGGUAUGCGCCACCUUUUCGGGACCUGGAAGGGAGUUUUCCCUCCACAGACCCUUCAGAUGAUAGAGAAGGAACUUGGAUUCACUACGGCACCCAAUGGUUCUUCGUCCGCAACAACUUCUAGGCCCGAGUCCCAAGGCCAACGUCCUGCUCAUAGCAUUCAUGUAAACCCCAAGUAUUUGGAGGCAAGGCGGCUUCAGACCACUAGAGCAAGAGGUGCUGGCAGUGACAAUAGUGAAGCCCUGGUGAGCUCCCACGAGGAUGCUGAACCACUGGAUAGGACAGCGAGUAUUAGUUCGGGCAAAUCAUGGGCUAAUCCGUAUGCUAAGCCUGUUAAGCAUUAUCAUCUCGGAGAUCAGGUACAUGAACCUGUUCGUGAUAAGAAUUCGAGUAUCGCAUCAGAUUUGGAGUACGGUUCCGCUAUAUCAGGACGUAUAGGUUUGGUAACUGGAAGAGUGGUUGAUAAAGCUAAAGAUUCAGGCUAUGGCAAGCCCUGGUAUGCAUCUAGCAGUGAAAUUGCUGAGAAGAAGAAUGGUUUUGGCCUGAAACACGGACACGAAAGCCAUGCUGCUCAUGAUAAUCCCGUUAUUCCUGACUCAGCCCCUCUGUUCAAGCAAAAAUCGGCUAUCUCUAACUCUAACGGGAUGAGUGGGGACUGGAAGGACACCGAGGAGGAGGAGUUUAUGUGGGAGGAAAUGAAUUCCAGAUCAACUGUUCGUGGCUCUGCUGAUGCCUCAACUAAAGAUCAUUGGACACCUGAUAAUUACGAAAGAUUGGACUACGACAGUCAUCUCCAAAGGUCUCAAAGUUUGCACGAUAAUGUAACAAGGGACGAUGAUGAAGCCUCAGCCGAUUCUAUGUUCUUGGACCCAACUCAAGUAAUCCCCAGGACCCAAUUACCUGUUUGGUCAUCACAUAAGUCACAUCCACCAGAAGGGAGGAUAGCAUCAGCUACUGUAAAAAGUAUACCGAGCUAUUCUACUGGGAAAAGCUCUCAAAUUAUGUCGGCCAAGGCACGUCUGGCUCCAUCUCAUGUUGCACCCUCGAACUUAAAGUUGUCAACAAGUAUGACACCUGGACCUCGUAUGCAUCAACGCCCAUCAUCACCUUCUUUAACCUCACAUGAGCUUAAGAGCCAGCUACAGAACAAUUUUCCUGAGCGCAACCGAGCAUCCACUGGCCUUCCUAUGGAUCCAAGAAGGCCUGUUCGGCAAAGGAAAGAUGCUACUGCAGCAGCAGCCCAAUUGAGAAAUCCGGAAUCUUCUGGUCAACUACAUGAUGACUCGUUGCAUUCACAAAUUCCUGGCGGCUCUGAAAACCGAUCGACUGUGGGUAACUCGUCAUCCGACCAAUCGAAUCCUCUCACAGUCGACUCCCCAGGAAAAUCCAUUACCAGCAAUUCGUUUGAUGCUGUAGGAAAAAGUAGAAUGUCAAAGAGUAGUACCAUCUCCAGUAUUAGCUUAAAUAAGCCGAGCCCUCGAGAAGAUUUGCCGGGAUUAACCUCGAACCUCCCUGAAAAGACGCCUAUCGCAGUUGACUCCUCACCUAAUCCUGUUUCGAACCUUCUAAGCACUUUGGUCGCAAAAGGUUUGAUAACCUCUUCGAAAUCCGAUCCUCCCAAAAUAGCUGAUCAGCCCAUAGAUAGAGUAUCUAUGUCUACAAGCUCAGGUCCAAAGCCUCUCACACCUAAAAAAACUGACGAGCCAUCCUCAUCUGAGCCUGCUGCUGUUAGUACGCCCGAGUCACCACCAAAAAUAAAAAAUCUCAUUGGUUUCGAAUUCAGGCCAGAUGUGGUCCGUAAUUUCCAUUCGGAUGUGGUAAAUGAUCUUUUUACCGAUGUCCCGUAUCAAUGUACCAUAUGUGGUCUCAGGCUUAAACUCCAAGAACGGCUCGAUAGGCACAUGGAGUGGCAUGCAUCAAGAUUUCCCGAGGAGAAUAAUGAUAAUAAUAAUAAUAAAAGUAAUAAUAAUAAUUCGAGGAUUUGGUACACAAAUGUAGUCGACUGGGUCGCGAGAAUUGAUCCUCUGGAAGAUUCUGGAUGUUCUGAUGAUGACAUGCCGGAAGCAGAUAAAGGGCCUUUGGUCCCUGCUGAUGAGAGCCAGUGCGCGUGUUUUUUGUGUGGGGAGUUGUUUGAGGACUUCUACAGCUGCGAAAGGGAUGAGUGGAUGUUUAGAGGGGCUAUUUACUUGACCGACCCAUUGAGUUCUGGUGAGCUUCCGAGUCCUAUUAUAGUUCAUGCGGACUGUGUAACAGAGGAUUGUGUUCGCGACUUGGGGCUGGCUUGUGAUGUCAACUUGGAUUUGGAGGCUAUGCCUUAAAGGGGUCUCAAGGGCAUGGCUAUUGUGAAAGCAAGUUUGAUAGCAUUAAAGUAUGUGGAAAUGUUGCAUGCUUUUUAAUAGUGCAUUGGGGCGCAGUAAAAUUUUGUAUGGUCACAGUAAUUGAGUAAUUGAGCUCAGAUGAGAUUGAUUAUGAUUGCUGGUUAUGAUUGUGCACUUUGUGAGAUGUGUUCACUUUAUGGGAGUUUUUCUUAGUUCUCUUUUUGUUUUGUGUAAAUUGGAGGAAAUAGAAAUUAUAUAGGAUAUGGCAGAUGGUUCGUAUGCAAUUAUUGAUAUACUCUGUUGUCUUUUCUCCAUUGUCAUCUCAUAGUAAUUGCAGUUUUUUAAUCAGCUACAGGCUUACAUGAGUUUUAGCUGAACUUGGAAUGAAAUGCUGAAGGAGUGUGUGAAUUUCGGUUAAAACAGAAGUAAACGAAAGAUUUUUUGUUCGUUUUUUCCUGUAUAAAUUCGGUUAUUA